AUGGAGCAUCUGUACCAAAACGCGUCGCGCAGCGUCACUGCUCUCCAAAGCUCGACAGGGACGAUGUGGUUCACCGGCGUGGCCAUUGCUUCUGUUUACGGUGUAAUCAGCGUCUUGGGGCUAAUCGGCAACAUCACGCUCAUCAAGACUUUUUGCUCUGCCAAAUCCAUCCGCAAUGUGCCGAAUCUCUUCAUGUCAAGUCUUGCGCUAGGGGAUGUUUUACUGCUGGUGACCUGCGCUCCGGUGGAUGCCAGCCGCUACCUGUCAGAGGAGUGGCUGUUCGGGAGAGUGGGAUGUAAAGUCAUCCCCUUCAUUCAGCUCACCUCGGUUGGGGUGUCUGUGUUCACUCUCACAGCCCUCUCUGCUGACAGGUAUAGGGCCAUCGUGAAGCCCCUGGAUAUCCAAACAUCGAGCACCACUACCAGCAUUGUCCUGCGGGCGGCGCUCAUCUGGCUCGUCUCCUUGGUCCUGGCUAUUCCUGAGGCCGUCUUCUCUGACCUCCACACUUUCAACGUUACCUCCACUAAUGAGACCUUUGUCACCUGCGCCCCUUAUCCCCAUGCUGGGGAACUGCACCCUAAGAUUCACUCCAUGGCGUCCUUCCUAAUUUUCUACGUCAUUCCCCUGCUGGUCAUAUCCAUGUACUACACCUUCAUUGCCCGGAGCCUGUUGAGGAGUGCCUCAAACCUGCCUGUGGAGGGCAACAUACAUGCAAGACAACAGGUUGAAUCAAGAAAGCGCUUGGCCAAGACAGUGCUGGUGUUUGUUGGUCUCUUUGCAGUAUGCUGGCUUCCUAGUCACAUCAUCUACUUAUACCGCUCUUAUCACUACUACCAGGUGGACACUUCCCUGGUUCACUUUCUGUGCAGCGUUGUAGCUCGUAUCCUGGCCUUCACUAACUCCUGUCUCAACCCCUUUGCCCUUUACCUGCUGAGCAAGACCUUCCAGAAGCAGUUCAACCAGCAGCUGUGUUGCUGCUGUCGUAUGAUCUUUAAACGCUCCUCACAGAGCCCGUCACAUUAUAACACACGGGUGACCUCUGUCCGCAGCACACAUCACUCAAUGGCGAGUCUAAGUAUGAUCAAUGGCAGAAGGCUCUAUCAGGAGGAUUGUGUGUAA